AUGAACUUUGCAUCAGCGGUCGAUCGGCAGCCCUAAUUUAACAAUUUUAUAAAUUUAUAUAAUUUUUUUUGAAAAUUUUUGGUAAAUUAAAAUGUAUACUGUAUCCAAGGGACCUAGCAAGAUUGUUGCCAAAACAAGAAGAGGUCUUUCGCAAAAUUUGGAACGUUUGGAUAGCCGAAAGGAUUAUAAUAGGAAGUCUUCUGAUUCUGAUAAUGAUGAAAUUAUUAGUAUGCCUAAGCCAAUUUUUCAUUCCAACGGAAAGAAGACAGUACAUCAAAGAAUACAACACAGUGUUUUAACUCCUCAACAUGAAGAAAUGAUAAGAUACAUAAAUGAAACUUGGACUCAAACAGCAAACUUUGAUAGUGAACCAUCAACCCCUACAAGUACAGGUUCAGGCAGUUCAUCUCCUGCCCCAUCCACAAGCCUAUAUUAUCAAGAUGAUGAACCACGCCCAGCUCUUCAGGAUUUCAAGCCUUUUGACCUCGAGACAUGGUGGGGCAAGAGACUGUUCCAAAACAUCACAAAUUCCCUAUGAAACAAGACCUGGUUUAAAUAAAAAUCUUCGGUAGCGUAAGUCACAGUCAAGUGUAGUUUACUGAAUUAUUUAUAUAUUUUUACAUUUCUUGUAUUAAACAAACUGUACUGUGAGGAAUGUAAAUAUUGAGGAUCUUAUAGGGCUAUAUAUUUACAUUUUAAAUCUAAAUCACAUCAGACAAAACAAAUAUUGCCAUAUAUUUUUGUAUCAACAUUGUUUGAGAUUUGAUUUAUCUCAUAUAUUGAUAUCACAUUGCAGGAUCUAAAAAUUGGCAGAUAUAUUUAAAAUAAAUGCAAUUUUAACCAUUUGUAAAUUUAGUAAUCUACAUUUGAUUGUGGAUCUCAGUAGGUAACACUAUUUAUCUUAAGAUGAAAAUUUUCCAAAGCUCAACAUUUUUUUCCAUUUUUGAACCAAUAUUCUAUAAGAUUGCUUUAUCAUGAUCAGUUAUAGAUUUUCUAUGUUUUAAACUUUUUAUUUGUAAUAUAUUGUUUAUUGUUACACAUUGUUGUAACUGCCGAAGCUGGCUCGAUGAAUGAAUUUACAAAAGAACAUACAUUAGUUUGCACAACAUAUCUAAAGCUUUCCAAAGAAGUGCCUCGCUACUGUGAAAUAGAGUUUAAUAUUGCCAGUUACUAGUUACUUAAGAAAUUAGUUUAAAUAGAUUAACAGAUACUGUAUCCUCACAAUAAAAUAUGUAUCUUACUCAAGACAAACUUAAUGAUAAUUUCUACUUUACUGGUAGAAGUCUCUUUUAUAAUCUUCGUUAAUUUUUACAAAUCAAUGUAUCAUUUGGCAAAGCUAUAGGUAUUAACCUUUUGAACACCAAAUACCUUUUUACUUAAUUCUUGAAUAAAUCUAAUUAAUUGUUCAUUCACAUCAUUAUGUUUGGGUAAAUUUUAAAUGUUAGUUUAAAUAAAUAUGUUAAAGCAAACCCAAGUUUUUAUCUUCAAGAACCAUUAUUAAUAUUUUACUUUCAUCAAAAAAAAUGUAUUUUCUUGGUACUGGUUGGCCUUGCAGGACAGGGUAGAAUGACACGAUUUAUAAAUUUAUGUUUUCGCCAUUUGUUUUAGAAAUAAUUAAUCUCAUGUUUAUUUUUGGUAAUACAUCCAACAUCACAUCUAGAAUGUAACUAUGUAUUAGUAAAGCAAUAAAAAUAUGUUUAACAAAACUGUUAAACAUAUUUUUUUUACUAAACAAGCCUAAUUAAGGUUUGUUAUUAUGUACUUGUGUUCUAUUCUGUAAACAAUGAGUAGUGACUUAAGUUUUAUUUUUUGUUUCUAUAUAUAGUUAGUUUAUAUAGUUGUUUGUUGUUCAAAAUUAACCAAAUGCCUUACUGCUGUUGUUGUUUAACAAUUAUAAAAAAAAAGAAAAGCUAAAGCGAUCAAUGUCUUCCAUAUUUUAUUGGUUUACUCAAGACAAAUCUUAGGAAUAUUGGUCUGUAUGGUCCGGUUAUUUAGUAUAUUGAAACAAUAUAUUAUUAUUUUUUAUGUUUAAUUUUAUACAUAUUUUCAAAUGCCUGUGAAUUAUGUUCCAUAAAUAGGAAAAUUUGCUUUUUAAUGAUGUUUUAAUUAAGUUUCAUUUUGUGCAAUUACACCACAUGUAGAGUUAUCCUUUUUAGAUGAUUUAUAUGAAAUGUAGUGAGAUGUAGAAUAUUUUUAGACUGAUUUAGUUAUAAUCGUUAUGCCUUUGUUGUAGUUGAAUAAAUUUUUAUUGACAA